CUCUAAAGAAGCAUUUUACUGACAGCCGGCAUACUUUCAAUGCUUUCAGCGUUUUUUAUUUUUACAAAUCGUAUACAAUAGCGCUUUUUGUUUACAAAAUUUACCACCGCAUGAGCUAAACCACAUUUUCACCAAUUGAGUAAAGCAUGAGAGCUACGGAAAAACUAUCAUAUUAAUAAGUGUUUAUUGGAAGCUGACGACAAACUUUGUGAUAAAAUACAACGUGCAUUUCACAAAAAUGGAUUAUAUCAAGCGUAUGAACAUGAUUGAAAUGUUCCAAGAACCACCGGAGUAUCGGCCUCCCGGCACUGAACAAGAAUUAGCUAUCAGCGUCGAUUAUCCAAAUCUCAACUCGUUGCAGUAUCGAAUGACGCGAAAACCGUCACAAAAUGUGCUCCAUCCAUUCCUGGAUCAUAUCGCCUGCAAUUGUAAUGGGCAAACUAUUGUUGUGGGUAACGAUUAUACUGGGAGACGUUGGGGAUCUAGCUUCUAUGGAUGGGAGAACGUUGAAGAUGUGAUGGUGUUUCCCAAGGCUAUCUUUAAGCGACAGUGUCAGUAUUCAAUAACAGCGCUUAAAUUUACUAAGGAUCCAAACUUAUUUUUUAUAGGAAAUGAUAAGGGUUCUAUUGAACUGUGGUCUAUCCGAAACGCUACGCGAGGAGAAGGUUAUUCGCUGUAUCAAAUAGACGCACGCUCGGAACACAUCGAGGGUGUGUCGGCAUUGGACAUUUUUGAGGAAGAAGAAAACAAACUAGUUACCGGAUCUAAUGAUGGCUGCAUUAAAGUGUGGAACUAUGGAGCCGAUCUUCAAUCGAUUACAACAAUGACAUUGGCACAUACAGAUGAAAUUACGGGUCUGUCGACGAACCGGGAAGAAGAAUCGGUGUUUGUGUCAUCUUCUCUCGAUCGCUCGUCUUUGGUGUGGGAUUUGAGGCAACCAAGACCUGCAUCCGCCCUGUUCGAAGGUCACAAGUACGCUUUCACUACGGUUUACUGGAGUACGAAGAAGGAAGCAAAUCGAGUGGUUGCAUUGGGCGACGCAGCUGGAGGUGUACAUUUUGUGGACGUUCGUCAACCCAAUGUUUUCCUGAAUUCAGUGCAAGCUUUCAACAAGAAGAUCCAUAAAAUCUCUUUCAACGGUACCAUGUUUGCUGUACUUGGCGAUACAAAUAGCGUAAAAAUUUAUGAUGAAAUGCUCUCCUUGUUGCAAGAAUGCAAGCCAACUUCUAAUUACAUCCGAGACCUAAUAUGGGACGGAAGUGGUUCUGACAAACAGGUGGCCGUUUGUAUGGUUGGAUGGGAUUUGUUCUUCAAGCGACUGGAAAUGUAGUGUUCGCGAUGUUGUUCUACAUACGGAUAUUAAGAUAAGGCUGUGGAUCUUGUGAAUGCGAGAGAAUGUUGAAAUAAUGGAAUAAAUGAACUGAUACUAGCGAUCAUCGUGAGAUACGGGAACAACUUGUUCAUCGGGUGUGUUUGAAAGAACUUUUGUCAUAUAUGAAUUUAAAUAUAAUCAUCUGGUGUGAAAUUGAAA